AUGAUACGACGUCGCCGGUCACGAGGGCCGACGAUUCGCCAGGAAAAGUGCAAGGACUAUUGCCGCAAGCUCGUCGCCUUUCUCUUCUCUCACAUCGGCCUGUGCGCGCUCGUCGUCGGCUACUCGGUCGUCGGCGCGCUCACGUUUCGCGCGCUAGAGGCGCCCUACGAGCAGAUCACGCGCAAGUCGGUGAAACAGCUCCGUGAGAAAAUGAUUGACGACCUGUGGGACACAACGUUGCAGCUGAACGUUCUCUAUCAGGACAACUGGACGGCCAUAGCGUCGGCCCGCCUCAAGGUGUUCCAGAAGGAGCUGAUCGAGAAGGUGAAAGAGGGCUACGACGGCAAGGAGGAGGAGGGGAGAAACCAGUGGUCGUUCUCCGGAGCGUUCCUCUAUUCGCUGACCGUGAUCACGACUAUAG